UUACCAUUCCCUGCCUCUUCUCCCUUCCCAAGGGAGCCGAAUGUAGAGAGGAUUUGUUUUCUUAAUUUCAUUCAUCUAUUUAUUAUCUGCAUUUCAGCACAAGGAAAACAUGAUUACUUUAUCCAAUUUGACACAGACCCUGGAAGAUGUCUUCCAAAGGAUUUUUGUUACUUAUAUGGAUAACUGGCACAGGAACAAGACCAUCGAGCAAGAGGCUCUCCAAGCCAAAGUGGAUGCCGAGAACUUCUACUAUGUCAUCUUGUACCUCAUGGUGAUGAUCGGAAUGUUCUCCUUCAUUGUUGUCACUAUCCUGGUGAGCACAGUGAAGUCCAAGAGACAGGAACACUCCCACGACCCCUACCACCAGUACAUCGUGGAGGACUGGCAGGAAAAGUACAAAAGUCAAGUUGUGCAUCUGGAGGAAUCAAAGGCCACCAUCCAUGAGAACCCUGGCGCCGAAGGGUUCAAAAUGUCUCCUUGAUAAGGGAGAGAGGCACAGAGCCAAGACCUGAC